AUGGCGGGAGACGAGUACACGACAGUCAAGGCGACGUAUGCGUACUCGGCCGCCAAUGCGGAUGAGCUCACGUUCAAUGUUGGCGACCUGAUGUACGUGUCGGACAUGUCUGACGCCAACUGGUGGGUCGGCUUCCUCGGCGACGUCGAGGGUUUGAUUCCGGCAUCGUAUGUGGAGAUUGUGGAGGAGGCAGCGCCAGCAAAGCCUGCGGUCACAUCGAGCGCGCCGGGCGGUCGCCCCGCCUGGAACAGGGGUGGGGGCGCAGCAGCGGGCGGCGGGGGCGGGCGGUCGUUCACGCCGGCAACAACCUCGGCGAUGGCGGUCACGUCGGGCGCGGCCAAGGAGGGCUUUAUGAAGAAGCAGGGGAAGCUGCGCAGCAAGUGGGUCCAGCGGUGGUUCAAGCUCGAGGGCUCGUGCCUGGUCAACGGCAAGGAUCAGUUCGCCACAAACACCAAGUCGUGGCUCCUGGACCGCUCCUCCUCGGUCCGGAUCAUGCGGCACCACGACCCGACCAAGCCGCCUGUUCUUGAGGUCCGCAACCCCAACUCGACUGGCCAGAAGUUGCGCUACUUCCAGGUCACCUCGGAGCAGGAAGCGCAAGAAUGGGAGGCUGCCAUCCGGUCCGCCAUCGGGUAG